AUGAUUAAUUACCAAGGCAAUACCUCAUUGGGAGCGCCGACUACCCGCUCGGCCAAUGACAUAUACAAGGAUGAGUUGAUCAAACGUGGCGAGGCGUUGGAGACCAGGGUGAAAAAUAGUAUUGCUAAACUGAUCUCGGAGGACCGUGGUCAUUUGGCCGCCGAGCUCGAGGAGGAGGAGACUCGGAUCACAGCACUGAUCAAUGAGCUCAAGACUACGAGUCCCGGACCCGAGGCUCUCAAGCUUUUGGAGGGAGAGAUUGCAAGGGUUGAGGACCGCGUCACUCGAGAGGAAAAAUUAAUUGAGAAGGAGACCGACACCCAGGACAAACUGUUGGCCAAUGCCAAAACGCUCAAAACAUUUGUGGGAUUGGCCCUGGUGGAGUUGUCCAAAGUGACCGGUAAAGACAAACCCGCGGCCGAAAAGUUGGCCGAAGAGUUGUACAGAGAGGAGCGUCGGCUCGAUAUGCUCUGCCAGGAGCUGAUCGACGCGCAGACCCCUCGCAAAAUAGCCGAGUACGAGGUGGAGGUACGCGUCCAUGAAGUACGUGUGUCCGAGUUGUUAAGGCGGGCACAUUUUUUCCAGCCCACACCCGCCCCGCCCACACCAACCACUGCUUAAUUUUCUUGAUAAUAAAGAAAGUUAU